CGCGGUUGCCACAGCACCGCGCGGGUUACCAUGUGACGCAUGCGUUCCGCUCCCUACACGAUCCUCCGGGGCCAUAACAAUACGUGCGUCUAUAUCCCUGCGUUGCUCUCGCACACCCACGCCUUGCUUUCGGUAUGGCGGAUGGCGAGCGGUCCCCGUUGCUAUCAGAUCUCGGUGAUGGAGCCCUCGGUAGCGGCAACGGCGGAGUGUCUCCGGGAGCAGGUCCGUAUGGCGUACCGAACAAACCGCAAAGUUUUUCCUCUUUCCCGAGCCCCCCCCAGUCGUCGGUGCUGCUGGGGGAGGACCCGCCCCCGUACUCCCCCCUCACGUCCCCCGAGAGUGGCAGCGCCCCCGUCAUCAGCUGCCGCGUGUGCCAGAGCGUCAUCAACGUGGAGGGCAAGAUCCACCAGCACGUCGUCAAGUGUAGCGUCUGCAACGAGGCUACGCCCAUAAAGAAUGCUCCAGUGGGGAAGAAGUACGUGCGCUGCCCGUGCAACUGUCUGCUCAUCUGCAAGGUGACCUCCCAACGCAUCGCCUGUCCACGACCCUACUGUAAAAGGAUAAUUAACCUGGGCCCAGUACACCCUGGUCCAGCCAGCCCAGAGCCGCAGCCUGCGGGUGCACGGGUGUCCUGUGGUCACUGCAACAACACCUUCCUGUGGACAGAGUUCACGGACCGGACACUGGCCCGCUGCCCGCACUGCAGAAAAGUCUCUUCGAUUGGCCAGAGGUACCCUAGGAGGCGGAGUCUGUGGUGUUUCCUGCUCUGCUUGCUCUUCAUCAUCUCAACUGCAGGAUUGAUAGCGGGGACAUGGGUCCAGGCGCGCGAGUACCGUGGUAUCUACGCCUCGUGGGCAGCGCUGCUGCUGCUGGUGCUGGUGACGCUGGGCAGAGGCCUCUACUGGACCUGCCUGCGGGUCAGCCAGCCCCUCCAGAACCUCACAUAGACCCACCAGGAGGAGAGGAGGAGGAGGGGGGGUAGGAGGAGAGGAGGAGG